CGGGGAAAUACGUUUACCAUCGGCGACCUUCGAUAAUAAAAUUAACAAGAAACCCGCCGAACAACUCGUAAACUCAUCUUUCUCGCCUCCAAUCGAAGCCGUUUCGCGUCCGAUGAUAACACCGAAACGGAUUCCCCAAAGCCAGACGACGAGUCGACGUUAAUAAUCGAAGAAUAAAAGGUUAAACGGGAUUAUCAUGUUUCUGUUUCGGAACAAACACAGUUGAACACAAACGCAUCUACAUGUUUCCAGUCGACGUUUCAGCGUUCGCAGAAUGAUUGUGGCGAUAUUUGUGCUGUUAACGUGCGCGUUUACGCUGACACGAACCGACAUCGCAUCGCCCUGUCCCAAAUAUUUCGUGUUCGAACCGAACAAGUCCCAGGAGGACCGUUGGUACGGGCUCAUCACGUUGGAGAGCAAAUACACGAUAAACGGCGUUACGAUCGAUUUGCAAUUCGAUAAAUCCAUCAUACAAUUAGGGAACUACUUCGGGCCGUUAACGUCGGAUUCUGACAACAUAAAUUUCAAAAUAAGCAACCCGAAGAAGGACAUUACGCCGUCUAAGCCUUUGAAAGUGGAAAUUUACGCUGUAUACGAUCCGUAUGUCGACAUCGAACCACCGAAAUUGGUGCGAAUUAAAUUGAACGGGAGAGAAAUUUGCCCCAAUUAUCACCAAGAAGAAGAGGAAACCAUCAUAAGCGUGGUGAAUCACGGAGGACCGACGAUUAUCAAUCAAAUUAAUUUACCGAAAUGCGGAACGCCUACUGUAAUUCCAACGGGUUUAAUCGUGCGCGGAGAGGAGACAACUAGAGGACAAUACCCCUGGCACGCCGCCUUGUACAGAAAAGAGGGAAACUCCAGAAAGUACAUAUGCGGAGGGACGCUGAUCAACGAUCAGUACGUGCUGACAGCCGCACAUUGCACCACAGCCGGCGUGAUAGCCGUCAAUCCUAAUGAUCUCGUCGUUGUUUUAGGUAAACAUGCCCUUUGGGUGGAUGAAGAUGGCGAACAAACGUUUUAUCCGACGAACGUUUACGUCCACGAGAAUUUCACUAGAACUACCUAUCACCACGACAUAUCCUUGAUUAAAUUGAAUCAACCGACUAAAUAUACAGAGUACGUCAGGCCUAUUUGUUUAUGGAGCCAAUCGAUCGAAAUAACUCCUAUUGUUCAAACGCCAGGUACUGCCGUAGGAUGGGGCAAGGACCAUUUGGGCAACAAAAUGACCGAUUUGCUGAUGUCUGCCGGCAUGGAAGUGGUGGACCGUCUGGAUUGCAUUCUAUCACGUCCCCAAUACUAUUCUCUACUGGUGAACAAAGACAAUUUUUGCGCGGGGUUCAGAAACGGUACAUCGGUUUGCAACGGAGAUUCGGGCGGAGGAUUGAUAUUUCCGAGGGCCGGUACAAGGGGCUUGGAUACGAUUUGGGAGAUCAGGGGUAUAGUUUCCAAUUCGGUGGGUACUCUAGACAGAUCGUGCGAUCCCAAACACUACGUCAUAUUCACGGACGUCGCGCAAUAUUUAGAUUGGAUCAAACAAAAAACUAGUUAGCGAUUUGGAGGGAUAUUGCUCAACCUAAACCUUCGUAAGUGCCUGUUGUACAAACAAGACUUUAUCGUAAUAAAUUUUACAUUGAUUAUUUUGUUGUAAUUU